AAUUAUCAUCUUUCUUUGUUUCACUACCAACACAGAAAAAGAAGUCAAGAAAGCAGCUUGUUCUAUCACAGAGAGUGAGCUUUGCAACAAUGGAGCUCUGUAGAGCCACUGCUUUCUCAUGGACCCACACUGUCUCUACCGCUCUUCAUGUCUCUCUGCCCCUCUCUAAGUUUGAGACUAAGAGACUCAGUGUUUGGUGCGCCUCUGAUCAAACCCUGAAGGUUGUCAUAGGCAAAUACAAUGACCGUAUCAAUAACUGGAGCCACGGGUUUUAUCGGUAGAAGAUUGGUGCAAAGGCUGCAUGCAGAUAAUCAUAGUGUGCAUGUCUUGACACGGUCUAAAUCCAAGGCAGAGUUAAUUUUUCCUGUCAAGGAAUUUCCAGGAAUUGUGAUUGCAGAGGAGCCAGAGUGGAAAGACAGUAUCCGAGGUUCAAAUGGCGUUGUAAAUUUAGCUGGAGUGCCCAUAAGUACAAGGUGGUCUCCUGAGAUAAAGAAAGAGAUCAAGGAUAGCAGGAUUAGAGUCACCUCAAAGGUCGUAGAUUUGAUAAAUGAUUUACCAGAUUCCGUUCGGCCUACAGUCUUGGUUAGCGCGACAGCCGUCGGUUACUAUGGUACUAGUGAGACACAAGUAUUUGAUGAACAAAGUCCAUCAGGAAAUGAUUACUUGGCUGAGGUUUGUAGGGAAUGGGAAGCAACUGCCCUCAAAGUAAAUAAGGAUGUGAGGUUAGCACUUAUUCGCAUAGGUGUUGUGCUUGGCAAAGAUGGCGGUGCUUUAGCUAAAAUGAUCCCUCUCUUCAUGGUGUUUGCUGGAGGACCCUUGGGCUCUGGAAAACAAUGGUUUUCCUGGAUUCAUCUGGAUGACAUAGUGAACCUGAUAUAUGAAGCUCUAUCCAAUCCAUCUUAUAAAGGAGUUAUCAAUGGAACUGCACCCAACCCGGUUCGAUUUGCAGAAAUGUGUGAACAUUUGGGAAAUGUCUUGGGUAGGCCUUCAUGGCUGCCUGUACCAGAUUUCGCCCUGAAAGUGGUCCUUGGAGAAGGUGCUUCUGUGGUUCUGGAUGGGCAAAGGGUGCUUCCAGUUAAAGCCAAAGAAUUAGGCUUCACGUUCAAGUACUCUUCUGUGAAAGAUGCUUUAAGAUCCAUUAUUUCACAAUAAGUGACCUAAUGUGACAAAGGAAACAUCCAUGGUUCUUCAUUCUUUUAGGUAUUGUUAUAAUAAGUUGCAGAAGAAACAUCUUUCUUUUUCAUUAUUUUUGUUAGAUAUUAAAAAUUCAGAUUCAAGUAAUCAAGUGAGAUUUGGGUCCUUGUAUUGUAGAUGCUAUGGAUAGGCUGUCCUGGCUCCUUAACCAAUUACAAAGUUUUUAAGCGGUUACUAUAUUCUCAUGCCUCUAAAAACAAA